CAGGGAAGUCAGAAAACAGGUAUUUACGCUUUCGUAUAAUUGCUUGUGGGAAACAUAUAGUAUUAAUUCACUUGUUUCAUAUUCUUUCUCUCUCACAACACAAGACAAUACAAAACAGAACACAGUGCUUAAAAAACUGAAACAACAAUGUCCACGUUGAAGGUGCCCCAUUCUGUUCCCGCUGCUGCCGAUGACUGUGAGCAGCUCCGAAAAGCCUUCGCAGGUUGGGGGACUAACGAGGGGCUGAUCAUAUCCAUCUUGUCCCAUAGAAAUGCUGAUCAAAGGAAGCUUAUUCGAGAAACUUAUGCCAAUACCUUCGGAGAAGAUCUCCUAAAGGUCUUGGACAAAGAACUCACCAGCGAUUUUGAGAGGCUGGUUCAUCUUUGGACACUUGGUUCUGCUGAACGUGAUGCAUUUUUGGCAAAUGAGGCAGCUAAAAAGUGGACAUCGAGCAAUCGGGUUCUGGUGGAAAUAGCCUGCGCUAGGUCCUCCGAACAAUUGUUUGCUGCGAGGAGGGCGUACCAUGUUCUUUAUAAGAAGUCCAUUGAGGAGGAUGUUGCACUUCGCACAACGGGAGACUUCCGUAAGCUCCUAGUACCUCUGGUUAGUUCCUAUCGAUAUGAAGGAACUGAGGUCGACUUGAACUUGGCAAAAACUGAGGCAAAAUUGCUGCAUGACAAGAUUUCAAAAAAGGCUUAUAACGAUGACGACCUAAUCAGGAUUUUCGCUACGAGGAGCAGAGCACAGACUAAUGCUACUUUUAAUCAUUACAAAGAUGAAUUUGGAAAAGAUAUCAACAAGGACCUGAAGGAUGAUCCAAAGAAUGAGUUCCUGAGUUUACUAAGAGCAACUUCGAAGUGCUUGAUCCAUCCUGAGAAGUACUUUGCGAAGGUUCUCCGUUUGGCUAUCAAUGGGCGAGGAACCCAUGAAGAAGACCUUACAAGAGUGGUGGCCACCAGAGCGGAAGUUGAUUUGAAAACGAUUGGAGAUGAGUAUCAAAGGAGGAACAGUGUCCCUCUUGAUCGUGCCAUUGGCAAGGACACCAGUGGUGACUAUGAGAAAAUGCUUUUGGAGCUUUUAGGACAUGGUGAUGCUUAGUACAAUGUUUGUACUUAUGGCAGAGUUACUAAAUAGAAUGCAGCGAGAUGAUUUAGUGGUUCCAUGUUGUGUUUUGGAUCAUUAUGUCUUCUUCCUCAGUUGAAUAAAAUAUAUACCACCUUGGCGAAGCCCUAGAAUAGAAUCAAUGGACUUGCAAACAUAAAUGGAAGAGAUUCAUAGAAAUACUUGGCGAUCACCUUAUUCGUGUCUCUCUUCCUGCAUUUAUAUGUGUGACUCAGAUUUUGUAAAUAAGGAAUGACUUUAUGUUCACU